AUGACAAAGGACGGCCUUAAGAAACCCAACUACUUCGGAUCACUGACCCAAGCAUCUACCGUUUGCCUUGGGUCAUCUCUGGAGGGAGACGUUUACAUCCCGAUGAAGGAUGUCUUACCAAUGGUCCAUCCUGAUGACAUCGUUUUUGACGGCUGGGAUAUUUCAUCUCUUAACCUGGCCGAAGCUAUGGAACGAGCUCGUGUGCUGGACUUUGACCUACAGAGACAGCUCAGGCCUUACAUGGAGAACCUGAAGCCCCGACCUUCCAUCUACGACAAAGACUUUAUCGCAUCCAACCAGGAGUCCAGGGCCGACAAUAUCAUCCCUGGAACCAAGAAUGAGCAAAUGGAGCAAAUCAGGAAAGACAUCCGGGACUUCAAGAUGAAAACGGGAGUAGACAAAGUUAUUGUUCUGUGGACUGCUAACACCGAAAGGUUCUGUGAUGUUAAACCUGGACUGAACGACAAUGCUGAUAAUCUCAUGAAAUCCAUUAAGAUGAACAAUCCUGAGAUCUCGCCUUCCACUCUCUUUGCUGUAGCCAGUAUUUUAGAAGAGGUGAGUUUCUUAGAUAAUCAGUGGAACAUCUUUCUCAUUCAAGUAAUUUUGGUAAAGUAA